CAUUAUUAAGUAAAAUUAGUAUUAAGUAAAGUUAGGAUUUUAAAUAUUAAGCUUAUUCAAAGCAUAAUGGCAAAAUAGUAAAGUAUAAAAGAUAAGAUAAUUAGUAAAAGUAACACACCAAAGGAGGUAAAAAAAUAAAAAUGCUUCGGUUUCUCAGAGUCUACGAAAAGAUAGUUUUCCGUUUUUUUACCAUUUUGUGCUGUUUUAGUUUUAGUUAUUCUAAUCUAAUCAUUAUUAAUAUAGCUAGUAUACCUAUAGCCUUUAUAAAAUAAUAUUGAAGAUGCUAUAUGGGGAAAAUACUAGUAAUACUUGUAAUCAAUAGCUUAUGGAGAUAAAGUUACAAUUAUGCUGUCUUAUUAACGAGUAGUUACUCCAAUUUAGUCGAUAUCUUUAUUUGUAAAAAAGUUAGUUGUAAAUAAAGUUAACUUAGCUGAUUUAGCUAAUUGGAAUCCUGAUCAAACAAACUCAUACUCUUAUAGGUAAAUGCAAUCUUCAUAACCAAACUUCAGAAAUGUAAAUGAUUUCACAGCAGCAGAUUUAUGUCCUUUUGAUAGCUUUUAUAAUGAUAAUUAAGGAAGUUCAACAGUAUAAGAAUAUAAAAGAAGAUAGUACUUUGGAUGGUCUAAUUGGUAGCAAAAUAUUUGGGAAAGCUUAACUGAAGAAUAGCGAGAUUAUUUAUUGUAUGUUGAUAUGGCAAUGUCUGUUGGGAAAAUUAUAUAUUAUAAUUAAAAAUUUGAAGCAAUUCAAAAAUAUAGUUUUUAUAGUGCUCGUGAGUAAGACGAUACUUGGUAUGGCUUCCAUCCAGGAGAAAGAUUAAUGAGCAAAGGAAAAUUAUGGAACACUAAGGAAUUCGGAGGUCCUUUUAGUUGUAACAUGUAAUCGAAUGGAGGAUAUUUAGAAUACCAAUUACCCAAAUCGGAUUAUUUUAAUGGGUAUGAUUUUAACCGUUAACCAUGCGCAAAGACCAAUUAAGGAACAUGUUAGUGCCCAUAUUAUACUUAAAAUAGAAAAUUUCCAAUUGUUUGGAGAUGUAGACCAUGGUAUUUAGCCAGUGCUUAAAACGCUUAUAUUACUUUUGCUGAUGCAUAUACAGAUGUAAAUACAGGCUAAUUGAUAACUACAUGCAGCUUUAAGGUUGUAACUUAGUAAGUUAAUACAAUAGAUGACGAAAAUUAGCAAUCUCCUUAUAUGAUAUAAAGUAUCGACUUAACUCUUGGUAAUCUUUAAUCUAUGUAUGGAAAAGGUGACGUUAACUAGGAAUACUCUUAUCUUGUUGCUCCUUUAACUUUUAACUAUGAUACAAAUGUUGGGCAUUAUAAUUAUACAGCUUUUUAUCAUCCUUUAAAUAAUGGCACGAAAUAGACAAUUCUUUAUUUAGAAUUUGCUAACUCCUCAAAUUAAGAUGAGGAAGUGAAACUAUACAAAACAUAAACUGCAUUCAUGUUAAACGAAAAUAUUAGAGAGGAUGGCUGUAGCCUUUUUUCAAGCUCUCCUUCUUCGGGAAUAGAUAACGAAGAUUCAUCAAGUUCAUCUUCUUCUCAACAGUAAAGUGAUAAUAUUAAGGGGAUGUAUAUUUAAAAAAAUGGAACUAAUUUCUACACAAUAUUCUCAACUAUUAAAGUAUGUUAUGGAAACCUUUAGUAACAAAAAAGUUUGGUUGUAGGUUAUCUUGCUAGAGCUAUAUCUGAAGAUAGAAAGUAUUAACUCACUUAAACUAUUAGAAAUAAUUUACAAUUUAUGCAAAUGGUUAUCAUCUUAACAUUAAUUGGAUGCUUUUUGAUAAUAUUUACAAUAUUGUUUUUUGUAUUGUAAAAAUUUUUGAAAUAUAACUUUGAAGAGCCAAUAUAGAUUUUAUCUAAAGUUAUCAUGGAAGCAGGACCAUAAGAAAUUCAUCAACUACAGAAUGCGAUUGAAAGUGGCUAAGUGAGGACUCAGCUAGAAUUAAAAAAUUUGUUAUCAGCUAUUAAUAAUGUGGUCAUAGGAGUUCAGAAAAAAGUUUAAUAAGAUCUUGAUGAUAAUAAUAGCAACAGCAAUGAUGAUUAAUUAUAGGAAAUAAUAUUUAAAGAUGCUCUUUAAACUUUUUAAACUGUUGAGCAUAAACUAGGCAUGGGAAUGUGUUUAAAUAAUAUUGGGAACAUUUACAUGAGAAAAGGAGACUACAAGACAGCUUUAAAAUUAUAUAAAUCUGCUUUUUUGUUGUCUUAGGAAUAGUACAAGGAAGAAAUUAAAUAAAAUCAAGAUGAUUAGUAGCAUAAAAAUAACCAUGAAUUUUUGAUAACUGAUUCUACAAAAAGAAAUUUUAUGAGGAUUUAUGCAUGCAGACAAUAUUAGAUUGGUUGCACAUUAUUAAAAGCUGCUAUUUGUUCUAUUAAAAAAUAUGACACUGUCAUUGAAAAUUAAAUUAAUUAAAUUAUUUAUGAGGAAACUUCUGCAAAUUAAUUAAUAUUAAACGAAAGAAUUGUCUCAGAUGAAGAUCACAAUAGAACAGAAAAUAAUAAUUAUUUAAUAAAAUCAGAAGCUAGUCAAUAAAUAAAUGAUGCAAAUUUUUCUUAAAAUAGGAAUUUAUUAUAACCUUCUAUCAAAAACCUAGAAGAAAAAGAUAGAGAGUCUCCAAUAGUUAAAAAGAGAUUGAAAAACAAAAAAUCAAAUACAGAAAUAAGUACAUAAAAAAUAGCAACAUUUAAAAAUUUGAACGCAGUCAAGGAGCAGUCAUAAGAAGAAAUUUACCCUAAAAAUGUUAUUAAAUCUGAUAAAAGAAAAAAAACAUUAAUUAAAAUAAAUGAAUAGCACUAAAACCCUCCAAAUUAAAAUCAGGAAAAAGAUGAAAUUUAAUCAAAUGAAAUUGUUAAAAGAAUAUCUUAAGGAAUGAAAAAUAGCGGAUAUGAGAAUGAGAACGUUUUUUCAGAUCGUUAUUAUUAAAAGGUGUAACAUAAAUUAAAUAACUCUCAAGAAAAUUAAGGAAAUCCUGUUUUAAUGAAUUAAGGAGUCAUCUUUGAUGAUAAAAAUAGUUACUUAAUGUAGGCAUAUGAUUUAUUUUUCGAUGUUAAAUCUAUUUUUGAUAAGCUAGGAGAUUAUUGUUCAUAAAACUAAUACUAUGAAGCAUAUGAAUAUUACAGUUUAUCAAUAAUAAAUCUUCUCAAAUUAGCUCAGUGUUAGUUACUGCUUGGAUGUAGAAAUUUUGUAGUAAAAGAACUACUUAAUUAAGCAAAAGAACAAAUUUAGCUCAAAGUUAAAAGAUUUUAAAAUUCGUAUGCUAACACUAUACCUCAAGAUGUUCUUUUGUAAAAGUACUAUUUAUUGAAAGCAUAGCUCAGAAUUACUGAAGAAAAUUACCCUAAAUGUCUUAAAAAUUUAUUAUAAAGUAUAAACUUUUGUUUUGAUUUACGUUCAAGUCACGAAAGUCAAAUUAACUAAACUUUGGAACGUUAUCAUUUUUAUGAUCCUUUGGAAUCUCUUUAGUGUGUUGAGAUAUUAUAAGCAUUAAUUAAAAGAGAAAAAAUUAACUUAUCAGCUUCAUAAAGGUAAUGUCUUGAGAAGGACUACUUUAACCUAAAUGAUUAGUGCAAAAAAAUAUGUGAGCCUUAUUUCUUCGAGGUAUUUUUCAAAGAACCUUAGCAAUAAAAUGUAUAGCCAAUGGAAUUACCUUAAUUAUGA